AGGAAAACAGUGUUGAGAAAAUGGCGAAAGUUGUUGUAUUUCUGUUUAUUAUGAUUUGUGGUGUGAUGUGCAAACCUUUCGAGAAUGAAAAUGCUUUUGCUCCAGCUACAGACGUCGAUGCACACAGACUACACAAGAGAUUCAUAGAUUUAUCACAGACCUUUGGCAGUUUCCCCAGCCCUGGACUUACAAAAAUACGGACUAAAAGAAGUUACGAAGAAGACUGCGAAAAACUCCAGCUGUGUAAGCUGCACGCCAGAGCCAAUAGGAACUUCAUAUCUGCCUUCGAGCUCUACUUUGUCAACAAGGAAAACGCGAGGCUAUGGGACCACAAGCAGAGAUCUAUUUCUAAUUGCUACAAACGAUUUGGCAGAUGUUAUCGAAGAUAAACUAAUGUAAUAAGUUGUUCUGUACCUCUUUCGCUACAUAUUGUAAGAAUUUGACAUACGCAUUGCGCCACACUGUUUAACACAUUAUAAUUAAUUGUACAAUAAUCAGAGAUAUAUUAGUAUGUUUUUCUAAUUGAAUUUAUGCGUGUAAACAAUCACUAAACAGUUGUUAUCAUCGAUGGAUAAGUAGAUAUGUAGAUUAGAAUCAAACCCACAGACAAUAUCGUGAUCAAACCUAUUUUUGACGAAGUAGCCCUCACGCGAAGCAUUUGGCGAACGAACGUUUUGUUUGCAAAAUGUCAAUGCACUUAUAGCUUCACUAAAACACGUGUAGACUACUUAAUGUUAGUUAAAAUUUUAUUAAAACUUAAUUACUUCGCCACUUAAUACGGGCAAAAAGUAAGACGCUUAUACAAGGGCUACAGUGGCGCCGCUACUGUAUGUCGUGACACGUGCGCAACACUUUUGCAGUGAACUAAAAAUUACUGAAGCGCUACAGAUGCGCGGCUGCCGCGUCCUAAACUAGCCAUAAUACACAGAAAAUAUUAUAUUUAUAAUAAAUAUCUCCUCUUUUUUUCCGAAUAUAAAAAGGCAAAAAUCAAAAAGUGUUUAUAUUUAUACUUACAAUUAGAAAACUCUAAAGACGCUAUCGUACCUUAUAAAUAUCAUAUCGCAUUAUAGUAUCGCCAUCUCUGAGGUCUCGGGAUCGAUCCCCGGCCGGGUCAAUGUAGAAAUUGAUAUACAAAAAUACAAAAAGCACAGAAAAUUUCGCGAGUUCCGCUGGUUCAUUCCGUGGCUUAGUUGG